AUGUCCGAGCAGAACGAGAGCCAGUCCUCGUCGCCCCCGUCCUCUGAUGAGCUCUCGUCUGCACCUUUUGCACCUGUACAAACACCCGUUCCUUCCUCCCCCGUCUCACCUACAGGCAAUUCCGACGUACCGCUGCUUUCGACUCAGCAAAAUACACCUUGGAUGCGCUCCUCAUACAUCAGCUCACCGCUCAAUCCGAAUCAGCAACUGACAUCGCGUUCUCGGCCCGUCAGUCGCGGCAGCGCGUAUUUUUCGCGUAUUAUGUCGGAAGAGUCGGCUGCCUUUGGUGUAGCAAAUGGUUCCGUCGGGAGUGCAGCUGGACAGCGGGGUUCCAUGCUGCUGUAUCGACUGGCCUCAGACGACGAUCAGGCGCUUACCGUGCCCAAUCGGCGCGCGUCAUUUGGCUCUGACAGCGCGCUCUCCUUUGAUGGCAAAUAUCCAUCUGGCACACCACGCGGCAUGAUUCCCUACGUGUAUGACCCUGAGGUGGAGGAAGCUGGGAAGCUCGAUGCGGACGACGAGCUUCACAACUUAGACGACCCGAAAUUCGCCUGGUCAUGGCGUGGUAUUGCAAAUUUCGGUCUCUUAUUCGCCCUUAUCACCGCCUUGCUCUGCCUCUUCAUCCUGUACCCCGUUCUUGUCUUUGUCAAAAAUAAUCCAAGACUUCAGGCAAUCGAUAGCAACAUUCAUAUCAAUGGCACGGGUCAAAACCCCGUUUUCGCUGAGAUGCCGGACCUUGUAGACACCGACACACCUGAGGAUGCGAAGACGAGGACGGGAUUCGAUGGUAAUUCAUAUACACUCGUAUUCAGCGAUGAGUUCAACAAGGAAGGGCGUACCUUCUACCCUGGCGACGAUCCGUAUUGGGAGGCUGUUGAUCUCUGGUACUGGCCUACCUCGGACUUAGUCAAGAAGGCGUUGCAGGGUACUGACGUUUCCUUAGAAUGGUAUGACCCCUCGAACGCAUUCACUCGCGACGGCAAUCUCGUCUUGCUCGUUGAGAAUGUCCAAGAUCCCACGGACAACCAUGGCUUGCAGUUCCGUUCAGCGAUGAUCCAGAGCUGGAACAAGUUUUGUUUUACCAAAGGGUACUUUGAGGUUAGAAUAAGUUUACCGGGUCCAAAUGAAGAAACAUCAGGAUACUGGCCCGGUGCUUGGACUAUGGGGAACCUUGGGAGACCGGGAUACGGCGCAUCAACGGAUGGAAUGUGGCCGUACACAUAUAAUUCUUGUGAUGUUGGCACAUUCCCGAAUCAGACGUACGCGAAUUUAUCUGGACCAGCAGCAGCACUCCAUACAGACCAAGGGCGAGAUAAGUAUAACUUUGAGCUGUCGUGGCUUACUGGACAACGGCUAUCUGCUUGCACUUGUUCUGACGAAGAUCACGCAGGUCCUUCAAACAACUUUGGACGCGGUGCUCCAGAGAUUGAUGCCCUCGAGGCACAAAAGAACAAGCUCGGUCCUGGAGCAAAAGUCUCCCAGUCUGCUCAGUUCGCACCAUUCUCACAUGAUUAUUUCUAUGGUAACGACACCACAGACAAGUUCGAGAUUUUCGACAUUUCUGUUACUCAGCCAAAUACAUACCAUGGAAGCGCAGUUCAGCAGGCAGUAUCUGGAUUGACAGACCUUCCAGCAGAUAUGUUCAAUGGGACUGGUGGACAGUUUUACACUGUCGGGUUUGAAUAUUGGACAGAUCCUGCACAUCCGGAACAAGGAUAUAUAACUUGGCAAGUCAAUGGGAAGCAGACAUUGCGUAUGGGUGCAGAUGCUGUACCCGAGGAUCCAUUGCCUCUCGGAAGUGGUGUAGGACGACGUCUGAUUCCUGAAGAGCCAAUGUCGAUUAUCCUCAACUUGGCGAUCUCAGAAUCAUUCCAGACAGUUGAUCUGACGACGAUGACGUUCCCAAAUGAAAUGCAUGUUGACUACGUCCGCGUUUACCAGCGGGACGGAGAAACAAAUAUCGGAUGUUCGCCAGACGGGUACCCAACAGAAGAUUACAUUUUGAAGCACGCGGAAGCGUACAGCAACCCGAAUUUGACGACUUGGCAACAAGCAGGCUUUACGAGACCGAGGAAUAGUUUGUAUGAUGGCUGCUAG